AAAACACCCAAAUUAACUCCGAAAUACCCAAUGAGGUUCAACCAGGAUUUUUAGAUAGUAUAGUGGAUGUAUACUCCAAAAAUGUAACAGAUGCCAACGUCAAGUACCACAAUUUGUCAGUGGAUUUAAAGAAGAUUAUCACCACAAGGUCAAAAGAUGGGAGCAUAGAUUUGCAUGGGUUUGAACCAGCACCGACUAAAACUGAACUUUUCACUAGUCUUGAGGCUGACCUAACACAAAUCAAAGAUCUUGGGAUAAAUGCAGACAAACUACGUCUCAUUGCUGAGGAUUCUAACGCGUAUGAUUUAAUCAAGGGAGACAACAGAGUGCUAGUAGAAAAUAUUAUAAAAGAGAUAAAGGGAAUACUGCUAGUUCAAGCUGAUAAACUGAAAAAGCUCAGAAAUCUUACAUCUGCCAAACAAUUUACACUGAAAAAACUUAUGAAACAAGCAUUAGACGAUGAACAUAGUAAAGGUGACUGGACAAAAACAAAGUACGCUCAAGCUAUCAGUGUAACAAAGACAACAAUACUUCAAACCAAGGAAUGCGUCACACAUAUGCUACAGAACAUUGACAGAUGCGGUGAAAUUUGUUCCAUAUUGCAGUCUUCAAAGCAUUACAAGAUUGGCA